CUUUGCCCACAUCCCCAUGUGGUCUCUUAUCUCCAUUAGACCACCCCACCAGCUCUAGUCCCACCUCAGGUUCUAGAUGGGCAGUGUCGGGGUGCAUGCUGGUCUGCUUGAGCCUCCCCUAGGCUGGCUCUGCCCCUGUCUGCUCUGCCUGUUGCCAUUGCUGCUGAGCGUGACCAGUGAUGUCACCAGGGUGCUGGGUGUCUAUGUCAAUCCCUUGUCUCUCACUGAUGGCUUUUUGGCAGUGAGGGUGGUGGGCAAUGGAGACAGGACCCCAUCAGAGGUGGGAUCACAGGGUAGAGAGAUGGGGACUCAGGGCCCCAGGUCUGUGGGGGAGGGGACAGUGGAGGUCACCCACUGUCUUCAUGCCUGUCCUCUACACUCUCCUUUGUGUGAUUUCCCUGACAUCCCUUGUUCUGUGCCUAUCGUUGUCAGGGUUUGAAAUACAAGAGGUGGGGGUGCACCCCACCAAAGGCCGCCCUGUCCCUCUUACCCCUUCCCCAGUUGUUAGGGAAUGAAUGGGUUUGUUUACUGCCUGAGAACCUCGUGUUGUCUUCCUGCAUAGGCUUGACCCACAAGUCCCAAAUGCUUUGGGGCUUCUCCGUUGCCAUGGAGACCAUGGGGGGUUGGCUACAUCCCAAGGUCGCCAUGGCAACUAUCAGAGGGGAAUCAUGCUUGGGAUGCUUUGGCUGGCUUUUUCAUGAAUGAUGAGGGUGUGUGACACAAUGCAGACUGGAGAAUGAGAAGGGCGGGCAAGGGGGCUGGCGGGCUGGCCACAGGCACAGGCCCUGCCAGACAGACAGCCCAGUGGGUCUGCCAGGUGGCCGCAGUCUUCUGUCUGUGUCUCUGGCUGCAUCCUCUGAACUGCUACCCACCAGUAGCCCCCACCCCACCCAUAGGGGCUUUGGGGGUCACUCUGAGGGGCUGGGGUGGCCUGGGAGGAGCGGUGAUGUCACAGCUGCAGUGUCCUUCACAGCGCUACAAUUUCCUGGUGGUUCCGUCCUGGUGACAGGGCCCGGGUUAUGACGACUAAUCCCAAGCCGAACAAGGCAUUGAAGGUUAAGAAGGAGGCGGGCGAGAACGCCCCUGUGCUUAGUGACGAUGAGCUGGUGUCCAUGUCGGUGCGGGAGCUGAACCAGCACCUGCGGGGGCUCACCAAGGAGGAGGUGACGCGGCUGAAGCAGCGGCGGCGCACCCUCAAGAACCGAGGCUACGCAGCGAGCUGUCGCAUCAAGCGCGUGACGCAGAAGGAGGAGCUGGAGCGGCAGCGUGUAGAGCUGCAGCAGGAAGUGGAGAAGCUGGCCCGGGAGAACAGCAGCAUGCGGCUGGAGCUAGAUGCCCUGCGCUCCAAGUACGAGGCCCUGCAGACCUUCGCACGCACCGUGGCCCGAGGGCCCGUCACACCCACCAAGGUGGCCACCACCAGUGUCAUCACCAUCGUCAAAUCUGCCGAGCUGUCCUCCACCUCUGUGCCCUUCUCAGCCGCUUCCUAGUGCCUGCCGGGGCCGGGCAGGGCGUGGGCAGUGGCACAGCCCUCACACCUGUCCCGGGCUCCCUGGCACAGAUUCCUCAUGUCCACUUGCCCACUGUGGACCCUGUGGGGCCGAGGGCAAGGACAGCAGGGACAGGCAGAUGCAGGAAAAAAGGGAGGCUCUUAUGAGCCAGUGCCUCAAGCAACCCCCACUCCCAUCUCUCCUUGGGGGAGGGGGGGGGCGGAGGUGUUUGUAGUUGCUGACAGGAACUGCAUGGGCCACCAGGAUGAACAAUCAGGCCCCUGUGGCAGGGAGUGAAGACUGGUCUUCCUCUUCUCCGGUGCCUGUCUGUCAGCGUCAUCGGUGCCAUCCCCUGAGGGCCUCCAGCUGGGGUGGAUACCAUACUGUCGCCUUCUGGGCGCUGGCCUUCUUGUCCUUAUCAAAGGGUGCUACAACCUGCGUUAGCCCCUAGGGCCAGGUCCAUGUCUGGGAAACAGUUCCCAGUAUAGUCACCUGCAGGGGCUAGUUCAUGUGUUCCUGUGUGCACACGGGCUGCCAUCCCAGCCUGUGAUGGCAGGAAGCCGCUGGGCCAGUGGCCACACAGAGCCUGUCCAGUAUGUGUGCUGAGGGUUGCCUGGAUGUCCUGGAAUGUCCCUGGGGGUCUGUUAGCUAGGGAGGCUGCCCGUCAUGGUGCAGGCCACUUGUCCACAGAGCCAGCAGACAAGCGGGGCUUGUGUUCUCUGGGGCUUAGUAGAGGAGAGGCUGGAGGGGAGCCCGUGAAGCCUGAGAGAUGUUGGGGGAUAUGGGAAUGGCAGUUAAGAUGUGUCUUGUUGCUAGGAAAAAAUAGGAAAGAGGUGAAGUCCUGGCGGCCCAGGGGAUGUGGGAGAGGCCUAAGAAACAGUAUGGAGGAGAAAGGGUGCAUCUGGAGGAGGGCCUGUGGACACACACCCCUGUGGGUGUCAGCAGGGCCCAGGGCAGAAUGGAGGUGCAAGUACUCUGCAGCUUUGGUGCCCAGUUGCUACCUGCCUAUUCCUCCUUCAUAGAGUUCUGGGUCAUUGGCCAUCUUGUGCUUUCUUACUGAAGGGAUUAAGACCUCCAGGCCCUGAGGAGUAUGGUGGACAGGGAGUGGGGGCAGGCCGAGCCAAAGCCAGGCACUUAGAAAGCACUGUUGGAACCAUAGCCUUGGUAGGUAAUCCAUAUUGGAUAUCAAUAAGGACCAUGGGAUAUUUAAAGAGAGAGAAGAUAUAUAUAUAUAUAUAAUUAUAUACACAUUUUAUCGUACAGAUUUUUCAUAACAAUUUUCUUUCCCAGUUUGAUACUGUAGAUCUUUAUUAAUGCAGAGUAGGUUGGAUAGUGGGGUGGGGAACUGGCCGUGGAUAGAGGCCCAGGGUGCCAACAGCUCCUCAGUCUUUCUGUGGUGGCGCUGGGCAUGCUGGGUGAAGCUUGCUCCAGCAGGUGUCACACUGGAUGAGUGGUCUCCAGGGUGGGCUACAGUGCUAGGCAAGUGACCACUGGCUGUGGGUUGCCGCCCACUCCUGGCCCAUGGUGGCCUCCUGAGCCUUGGAGGCUCCAUACUGUUGGCCUUCAGGGUGGACGGGACUUUCAUCGAUACCUGGAGCACCUGAACAGGGUACCUGCCUGGAGGGGACUGGGAAGGGUGUGGCAUGACCCAUGCUCUGCGUCACUGAAAUGUCAUCAAUGUCACAAUUUAAUAUAUGGAUGUUUUUAUUUAAGAUAAAAGUGAGUUCUCUGUCUUGUUCCUCCAACUUCUCAAAGCAAGCUUUACUUUUUCAAAAGGUGACAGGGCCACAUGCUGACCACACAGGGGCCUGGCAUCCCCAGCCACCUGCUACUUGGCAGUUUCAUUUCAAUAUUUAUUUUUUGUGCUUCCUCCCCCGUGUUAUAAAUUAUUGAGAAGAGAUCACAGACUGUUGACCCCCUGUCUGUGCCCCGCCUCAUGGCCACCACCUAAUUUAUUGCUGUACAUGUCGCUGUGACUGCUUUUGUAUCUUUGCAAUAAAGAAUUUCCUGUUUGA